AUAAAAGGCCACUCGUCCUUGUCCAGGAAAUAAUAAUAUUUCGAAGAUUUGAAGAUACACUCAUACUUGAGACGUGUUUUCCACUGUGUGUUCAGCUAUGUCAGGAAAGUCUUGGAUUGAGGAAACCUUCUUCAAGAGAGAGUGUGUGAAGUUUAUCCCUUCGUCUCGGGACCUGCAUAGAUGUAUUCCCGUAUGUCAAGUAUGCCAAAACUUGAUCAGAUGUUGUUGUGGCCGCCUGAUGGGAGAGCACUGUUGGCGAGAGUCCCUUCCCCCCAUAUCCCUCUAUCCUGGGCCAGGACAGGACCUGGUAGAGGACUGGUCCAUGGAGCAACACACCAAAGCCAGUCCCACAAAUGCCUAUGGGACCAUAGACUUUCAGGACACUGCCACGCGUGUCUGCAGGGCCAAGUAUGUCCGUGUGGCUGUGGACUCAAAGCCAGAUGUGCUGCUGCAGCUGAUGCUGAGGGAGUGGCAGAUGGAGAGACCCAAGCUGCUGCUGACUGUGCAGGGGGGUUCAGAAAACUUCACCCUGCCUCUCAAAGUCAAGCAGGCCUUCAGCAAAGGGCUGAUCACCGCUGCGAUCAGCACAGGAGCAUGGAUACUCACUGAUGGCAUUAACACAGGUGUGUCCAAGUAUGUGGGCGAGGCGGUGAAAACAUUUGGGGGCCACAACCUGAGGAAGAGAAACACAGUGGGCAUCAAACCAUGGGGAGUCAUUGACAACAACUCAGACCUUAUAGGCCGAGAUGUUUUCAGACCCUACCAGCCCCUGGGAAACCCAUUGAGCAAGCGAGCCUGUCUUAAUGGUUUCCACUCGCACUUUCUGUUGGUGGAUGAUGGGACGCUGGGAAAACAUGGCUGCCAGCAAGGCCUCAGGAGGAAGCUGGAGAAACACAUCCAGCUACAGAAGAUACACCCUCGGCUGAACCAAGGAGUGCCUGUGGUGUGUGUGGUGGUGGAGGGAGGCCCUGCCAUUGUGUCCACAGUGUUGGACUAUGUGAGCAAUGUUCCCCCUGUGCCAGUGUUUGUGUUCGAGGGAUCGGGCAGAGCUGCUGACCUGCUCGCCUUUUUGCACAAGCAGACUGCUAGUGACAGGCAGUUGGAUGCUGACAUCAAAGAGGACUUCCUUGUCAGGAUCGGAGACGUGUUUGGAGUAGAGAUGGCAGAAGCCUCUCAGCUCUACACUCUGCUCCUGCAGUGUAUGGAUCACAGACAGUCUAUAACCAUCUUUGACUCGGAGUCAGACGACCAUGCGGCACCUGAUGCAGCCAUUUUGACAACCAGUCUCAAAGGCACCAAGGCCAGCCCUGCAGAGCAGCUGAGUAUGGCUCUGGCCUGGAACCGGGCUGACAUAGCACAGAAGGAAGUUCUGGUGUACGGACAACAUUGGCCAGUGGGUUCCUUGGAGCAGGCCAUGCUGGAUGCUCUGGUGAUGGACCGGGUCAGUUUCGUCAAACUGCUGAUUGACAAUGGCAUGACUAUGAGUCGCUUCCUUACUGUGGAUCGCCUCGAGGAGCUCUAUAACACGCCGCAGGGGCAGACCGACCGUUUCUUGCAUCAUCUCGUUGAAGAUGCCAAACAGACUUCUCUUCCCAUAGGUUACCGUCUCUCUGUCAUUGACAUGGGCCUGGUGAUCGAGUACCUGAUAGGAGACGCGUACCGCAGCACCUACACACGCAAACACUUCAGAGCUGCCUACAGCCGCCUGCAGGAUAAAGAGGGCAGACGGGGCAGUUCCACCUCCCUUUCUAAACAGAGACGGGGAUUUCCACAGAUCUCUACAAAGGGCAGGACGGUCCAGGACCUGCAUUUUUUCAGAACAGCGCAGCCAUACAAACUCAAGGAGCAGGACGUUUCUCCUGGGAGCAGUCGAGAGGUCACGGCGAACCCAGGCCUUGUCGAUGCUCCACUGCUGAUAGCCUUCAACUUCAACGAUGUGUUCGUGUGGGCUGUGCUUCAUCAGCGUCAGCAGAUGGCGCUGUUCCUGUGGCAGCACAGCGAAGAAGCGCUGGCCCGCGCUACAGUGGCCUGUAAGCUUUACCGCUCCAUGGCCUUUGAAGCGAGGCAUGGCAGUAUGGACGACAACAUCUCAGAGCGAUUCAAGAAAUACUCUCUUGAGUUUGGUCAGCUGGCGGUGGACGUGUUAGACUGUGCGUUUCGUCAGAACGAGCAGAUGGCCAUGAAGCUGUUGACAUCAGAGAUGGAGGCAUGGAGCCACUUCACCUGUCUGCAGAUGGCUGUCUCCUCAUGUCACAGACCAUUCGUCUCCCACUCCUGCACUCAGACACUGCUCACAGACCUCUGGACCGGUCCGCUCAACAUGAGAAAAAACUCCUUUGUGAAGAUAAUUCUGACCCUUCUUCUGCCGCCUGCCAUAUUGCUCCUGGAGUUCAAAAGCAAAGCUGAAAUGUGCCACGUACCACAGUCCCAUGAGGCAAUGCUGUUUGGAGUCGAGUCUGUUGGGUCAGCACCAGCCCAUGGGGGAACUGGUGUCACGGGCAGUCAGGAUGCAGAGCAAGGCCUGCCGUUCCAUAAAAAGUGCUUUGGUCCUGUGUCUGAAACGUUCUCCUCUAUCUCUGUGAACUGUCUGUACUGGAUCAAAAGACUCUAUGAGUUCUACACGGCUCCUGUUGUCAAGUUCUGGUUUCACACAAUGUCCUACUUGGCCUUCCUCAUGGUAUUCUCCUACGUCAUCCUGGUGAAAAUGGAGGAUCAGCCCAGUGUUCAGGAGUGGCUGGUCAUAGCGUACAUCUCGUCCACUGCAGUGGAGAAAACCAGAGAGGUCCUAAUGUCUGAGCCGAGGAAGCUGAGCCAGAAGCUGAAGAUCUGGUUCUCUGAGUACUGGAACAUAUCAGAUUUUAUUGCCAUCCUCCUCUUCAUGGCUGGAUUGGUACUGCGUUGGCAUGCUAAUCCGUACCGGACGGCAGGACGCAUCAGCUACUGUCUGGACAUCAUCUUCUGGUUCGUCAGGGUGAUGGACCUGCUGGCUGUCAAUCAGCAUGCAGGCCCUUACCUCACCAUGAUCACUAAGAUGACCAGAAACAUGUUCUUCAUCGUGGUGAUGAUGGCAAUAGUGCUGCUGAGCUUCGGGGUGUCCAGGAAGGCCAUCCUGUCGCCAAAUGAGGAGCCGUCCUGGAGCCUUGCUCGAGACAUUGUCUUCCAGCCCUACUGGAUGAUCUACGGAGAGGUCUACGCGUCGGAGAUAGAUCCUUGUGAUGACGGUCAUCCGUGUCCUCCUGCUUCCUUUCUCACGGCGUUCCUGCAGGCGGUCUACAUGUUCUUCCAGUACAUCAUCAUGGUCAACAUUCUCAUUGCAUUUUUUAACAACAUCUACUUUGACAUGGCAUCAACGUCCAAUAAGCUGUGGAAGUACAACCGUUAUCGCUACAUAAUGACCUAUCAGGACAGGCCGUGGCUGCCUCCUCCUCUUAUCCUCCUCAGUCACAUGACCUCAGGUUUGAGAGCCAUCUACAGGAAAAUUAGAGGAGACCCUGAACGAGAGGAAAGGGGCUCUGGACUGAAGCUCUCCCUGGGCCACAAGGAUCGAAAGAAGCUCCAUGAGUUUGAGGAGAAAUGCGUAACGGCUUACUUCCAUGACAAGAGUGAAGGUCUCCACAGCAGUCACAUUAACAGGAUCAGAGCCACAGCUGAGAGAGCUGAGGAGAUGUGCAUGAUGGUGGGGGAGGUCUCGGAGAAGGUCAUCUUUAUUCAUGACAGCCUGUCGGAGUUGGACUCUCAGCUGGGUCGGCUCCAGGACCUUUCUGCUCUGGCUGUGGACACUCUCACUCUGCUCUCUGCAUCUGACAGCCUGCACCAGGAGGAGGCUCGCCUUGCUCAAUGUCGAGUCAUCACAUCGUCCCUGCUUAUCCUCCCUCACAGCUUGACCCUCCCACACAGAGGUGGAGCAGACUGUGAUGCACUCAAUAUGCGCCGAGUGAUGCCCAAGUCGUGUAAAAGUACCCCGCCUUCUUUGCUGAAGGGCUAUGGCCCUGUGGCGAAUAGACUGCCAUUCCAGGAAAGCAGUACCGGAGCUAAGGGGAGCAGGGGAGGAAGACAAGGACACACUGAGAAGGGAGAGGUAGGAGCUAAGCAGGAUCCACAGACUGUUCCUGCUCAACAUCCACCUGAAAAUGACCUGGGAGUUCCUAAACCUGCAUCUCAUUCUUCCUUCUCUCACCUCUACGGAGGCGGAGUUCAUCUGGGUAGAUUAAGGGAUCAGACACCCUGUGAGUCAUGCGGACCGUCCCACUUCGGGUCUCCUCUUGCUCCCAGAGGCCUGGAGUCACCGCAUCAUAAACUCUUGACAUGUGACCCAUACCUGUAUCGCAGUCAAGAGGAACCUUCCAUGGAAGAGGAGGAAGAAGAGGGAGAGGGAGAGGAGGAAAGGACACAUGAACCACUCUCUAAUAUAGAAGUAUCCAGGGGAUCUAGCACUGCUGUCCUUCUGUCCGACCCACGACAGGUCUCUGAUGGUUUGGUAAAUCCCGGCUUUUCUCAGGGCGAUAGCCAACCGAGUUCUCGGACCAGACCUUCCAGCCAGUGGGGCAGACCCGUGAAAUCUUCCAGGUGGGCGUGUCUGUCCAGAGACCGUCCCUACGGCUACUGCAGGUCUCUGUCUUCCAGCGUGGAGAACAUUACUUUCUCAGCUGCACCUCAGAGUCAAAGGAGUGGAUCAUUCCCUUCUCUAGACAAACUGAUCAGCAAAGAGAGUCUGUCUGAUGGGAGGAGUUUUAGGGAUGACACAUCACUACGGAGCAGCAGGAGCAAAGAGUGGUCCAAGUCCUCUGACUUCACUGAAGACUGCAGAGGCAAAAACCAGAACAAGAAGACAGUGAAGAUACAAGAGAGCACUCCUUCCCAUUUGUCUGAGACCUGCUGGAGAAGGGGCCGAAAAUUUAGAGGACAAUCUACAUGUUGGUCGGCUUCAACCAGCCUCAAUCAGCUCAAUUUUGAACCAAUGGAUCUGUUGCAGAAGCAAGUCUUUUCCCAUCAGGAUGCAUGGAGCUCAACCCAUUCAGCCUGGAACAGCUGGGCCAGAUCCAUGAGCCGCAGGUCUUCUUUACAGAGCGGGAUUUCCCUUGAAGCAAAGAGCUCCUCAUUCCAGUCCACUGACAAUUUGUAUCCACACUAUUCAGCUAUGGAGAGAAACAAUCUGAUGAGAUUGGCUCACACCAUUCCCUUCACUCCUGUCUCUAUUCUAGGUAAGUGUUUUGUUUAUGUCUCUUUAAUGCAUCUCUUUCCAUUCACUGUUUCUUUUAUAUUCCCUGCAGGAGGUGAAGAGGUGAGUGUCUACUCUCUGGAGGAAGGGCCCUCUGAUGCUGACCCUGAUGCUGGCACAGUCUCGUCCUGGUCGUCACGGGGCCUGUCCGCCCUUCUGAAGCCCCUCUCCAGUGAAGAGGGCUCUCUGGACGGGGGUCUCCGGCGGGGCUGCAGGGUGCUUUGCACCUGGGCUGAACGUGACGUCCUCAGACCCGGUCUGGUAUACGUUGUCAAAGCCUUCAGGCCGGAGGUUGUUCGUGCUUGGCAGAGGCACUUCCAUGGUAGUACAGCGCUCCUGCUUUGUUUAAGGGAGAUCCAGCAGCAGAGAGCAGCCCAGAAGAUGAUGCAAGUGUUCAACGAGGUCAAACCUGAUGACAUGCACCCCUCACCAAGAUUCCUAGAUGUAGCACUGGUCCUCUGGCAAUCCAGUGGCCAGUGGCUGACUAUUGAGAGGAACAUGACCGGUGACUUCAGGAAGUACAACAACAACACAGGAGAGGAGAUCACCCCCUGCUGUUCACUGGAAGAAAUGCUGCUGGCCUUCUCACACUGGACAUACGAGUACUCUAACAGAGAGCUUCUGGUGCUCGAUAUACAAGGAGUAGGAGAGCAGCUGACGGACCCGACAGUCAUUAUGUCGGAGGAUCAAAGUGGGAGCAGGGAUGAGAUGCUUUUUGGUCCAGAUAACCUCGGCGAUGAUGCCAUCAGCGGUUUCCUGCAGAAACACUCUUGCGGUGCCUGCUGCCGCAAACUGGGACUUGCAGAUUUAAGGAAGUGUUUGGACGGCCGCAAGAACAGCAGCGAGGCUGAGCCGACGCCGCGGAGGGAAGAGCAAGAGGACGAUGAAACCAGGAUGUAACCUUUGAACCAGGAAGUAUGGAGAAAAAGACACUUGCACUUUUACCAUCACAUGUACCGCGACAUGUCUGCCUGAACACACGCCUCUGUGAGGUCGCGUAAUGUGUGUCCCGAGCCCUCAUCUCUUUGCUGCAAAAACAGCGAGAGCCAAGAGGGAUCAUGAGCAGUCUGUAACUGGCUCUAGAGAUUAAAUUAAAUUAGGAUCUAAUACAUUAUUUAAAUAUAUUAGGUAAAAACUGUCACGAGGACUCAUGGCAGUUGUGUUUAUAAAAGUGUUGUAUAUCAUUCAGCUGUAUUAAAUCAAUCAUAAUACAGUUUUAACAUGUUUUACAAAAGUCUAAAUCACUAUUUUUGUACUUUGUCUAUAAAUAUUUCUAUAUUGAUACAGUUAGUAUAAUAGCUUAUACACUAAUACAUGAUUAAUUAAUUUCCGAGGAUAAAAUUGUUCCAUGUUUUGUUAAUAUAAUUGUGUGAGACAGAAAAACAAGGCAGAAAUGCACCCAUAAAAUUCUUUUAUUUUUUUUUUCUUCCCACAACAAAAUGUCUACAAAAGCGAUAAAAUAUAGUAUUUAACAAAAAUCACUUCAGACCUUCACAUUGUAUAUACAUGUCAAAGGAGGACUCAGUAAGGGCCCUGCAUGACUCUGAACUUCAACCCACGUUGAUCCAUCAAAUGUGGGUGUUUGUGGCUCUUCUCAAUGCAAAUGCGCACACACACGCACACACACACACACACACACACACACACACACACACACACACACACACACACACACACACACACACACACACACACACACACCCAGGCAAUCUCUUUCAUUCUCAUGUGAAAAUAAAAAAAUCUACAGUAGAGGAUUAAAAUCAGAGUCAGAGUUCAGAGUCCAGCAGAGAUCCCUCUCACCAAACGAAAAAAAACAUAAAUGUAAAAACUGUCAGUGUAAUCAAAUACACAUUUUCAUCUAGUUCCCCUUUUUUGAUUGGUUUCUCAAGUAAACUCACACAGUAAAGCAUCUACGCCCCACUCUGCCAGUCCUUCCUCUCCUCACUAGCUAUGGCACUUUGAAACAAAAAAAAAGUUGCAUUUUAUUGUUUUUUAUUGUCUUGUUUUGUUAGUCCUGUGUAAAAGAGGUUCUGUAGCCUGAGCACCUUUUAGGUUUCGGUUACAGAUUGCUACAUUUUGUUUUAUUUGCUCUUACUGGGACACAAAGACAUUCUAAACAAUAAAUUAACAAUUUUUCAACACUACUCCAAUUGCACGCAUGGGUAAUGUAAGGAGAAAGUUUACAAAGCAUUGGUAGAGCAAUCGUCUCAUUCUCUCUGUCUCUGUCACACACACACACACACACACACACACACACACACA